GACAUUUAACUUGGAUGUACCACACAGCACCCCGGAUGAUCUCAGUAAUGGCAUUGCCAUGGCAAAAGUGUUACACCAAAUUGCCCCAGACUAUUUCAACGAAUCCUGGCUCAGUAAAAUCAAGGCAGAGGACGUCACUAACUGGCGGCUUAAAGUGAGCAACUUGAAAAAGGUGCUAAAAGGCAUCCUGGAGUACAAUAUAGAGGUUUUAGGCAUUCAAAUCCAUGAUUUCCAGAUGCCAGAUGUUAAUGCUAUUGGUCAUCUAACUACGGGUGAGAGCAGUAACCAUGGUGAGCUGGGUCGUCUGCUGCAGCUGAUUCUGGGGUGUGCGGUGAACUGCGCAGAGAAGCAGGAGUACAUCCAGCGUAUCAUGGCCAUGGAGGAGUCAGUGCAACACGCCGUCAUGACAGCCAUACAGGAGCUGAUGACCAAAGAAAUAGCAUCGGACGUAGACUCUGAAGUUGGGGAACAGUUACGUAAAACAGUAGAAGAACUCAACAGUGCAAUGGAAGCCAAAGAAGAACUGAUGCAAAGAUGUCAUGAGCUGGACCUACAGGUGACUGCAUUACAAGAAGAGAAACAGAAUCUGUCCUUGGAGAACGAGAGACUUGCAGAGAGACUGAACAUUGCGGAGAACCUUGACGAUCCUAGUUCUCCUGCGGGCAAGCGAUUCUUACAGCUUCAGCAUCAGCUAGAACAGUGUCAAGAGGAAAACUAUAAACUAGAAUCUACCAAAGACGAUUACAGAAUUAAAGUAGAUGUUUUACAGAAAGAAGUAAAUGAUUUACAAGAUCGGAAUACAGAGCUGGCUGGUCUGUCAGAGGAAUGUAGAAACCUGAAAGACGAGCUGGAUGAUCUACGCCACACAGCAGAACAGGUCGUCAAAUAUGAGGUCCAAAUAGAGAUGUACAAGAAACGAAUGGAGGAGCUGAGUGACCUGCGGGGUCAGGUGAAGCUGUUGGAAGACAAGAACACCAAGUACAUGCAGGAGAACCUAGAGCUACAAGAGGAGCUGCGUAAAUCUGGGUCAGUGAAGCAGCAGCUGGAUGUGUACAAGAGGCAAGUUCAUGAGCUGCAGAACAAGGUCACAGAGGAGACCAAGCGGGCAGACAAGUCUGAGUUUGAGGUGAAACGGGUACAGGAGAAGUUGUCUACCCUGCAGAGGGAGAAAGAGCGAAUCAUGACAGAGCGUGACACUCUAAGGGAGGUGAAUGAGGAGCUCAAGUGUAGCCAGCUGCAUCAUGUCGGGGCGGGAGACGAGCUCUCACAGACACACCAGAUGGAGAUGUUGUCACUGCCUGCUGAAAUCAAAGAAAAACUUUUGCGUCUGGAACAUGAGAAUAAAAUGCUGAGAUUAAAUGACUCUGGUGACAACAAUGGAGACCAAACAACAGUUCUACAGACAAUGCUGGAUGAUGCAAAUGUUAGAAAGAAUGAACUAGAAACAGAAGUGAGACUAGCCAAUCAGAAAAUAAUGGAACUUGAAGCGAGAAUAGAAGACCUCCAGGAGAUGACCAAGGCAACAGUCUCAUCCAACGAACUGGCAGAGCUGCGAAAGAAACUCGAUGAGCAGGUAUCACUGACUCAGCAGAAAGACCGCAUCAUUCAGAAUGAGCGUGACGGUUUAGCAGAGGUACAGAACCAGCUGAAGUCUCACGGAGAGGAGAUCAGAAGGUUGAGGGAGGACGUGGAGCGCAAAGAGGAGGAGAAGAGGGUCAUGAGGGAGAAAUAUAACAAGUACUUCGAUAAAGCUAGAGCUGUGAUAACGAGUCAGGAGGCCAAACUAAAGACCACAGGCAGCUUCUACCCAGAAGUGCAGACUCUUAAGCAGCAGCUGAGUGAGAAGGACCAACAGCUUCAGGAGAAGGACAAAAUCAUAGAACAGCUCAAGAAGGAGCAUGAGAAGACGAAGAACACGUUUGAGCAGGAGGAGAAGAUGAUGGUGUCAGCCUGGUACAAUCUGGGUAUUAACUUGAACCGACAGGCUGCUGUAGAUCGAUUGGAGAACUCCACUGGCCAGGCUUUCUUGUCACGACAACGGCAGGUCCAUCUACGUGGUCAGCCUCAACGUAUACCAAACUCACAUCCCUCAAGCGACCUUGAAACCAGUGACCUUGACCCCCAGUGUGACCUUCAUGACUGCAGCCCUGAUCAGUCGUCCAAUCAAAACUGUGGAUUAAGUGAGGGAUGUUUUGCAUCACUGUUAAGUUCACUCGUUGAGAAAGUUAAACCUGACCUUCAAAACAAUGACCUUGACCGUUUGGUUGCUAGGGAUAUUAGCCAGGCAACUGUCCAUUCACAGUUAUAUUUAGGCUUGUUGGAGAAUGAUCCAGAUGAAACUGUGUCUUUAAGUGGCUCCAGUGAUGCAGAAUGCACAGAAUAUUUCAAACAUUAUGAUACAUAUGAUUCCAAUUAUUAUGAGCAGUCAGAAGAAACAGCUGAUGAUGGUAUUGUUCAUAAAGACAAUUGUCCAACAAGGGGUAUUCAAAGGACUUUGAAACCUGCAGCAUCACAAGAUGAGCCAGUAAUGGUUGAAGAUGAAAGAUGUCAUGAAGAUAUACAAGUUCUUUUGACUGAAAUAAAUCAUGUUAUUUGUGAUGAUGCCAGCAACCAAAAUGCUUGCUUUUCUCAAAGCGAUGAAAGCAAACAUCAAGAUUUGUUGACCACCAAACAACCAGAGAACAUUUCAGAGACAAAAUGCAACACUCAUGCUGAGGCAUCAGAUGCUAAAUUUAAAUAUUCUUCUGCCAAAUCAUUUUUGUUGGACAAUCUUGAAUUUGGAAUUGAUGAAAACUCUCCUCCUAGAAAGACUGCAAAGAAUUGUUCCGAUGAGAUGAACCCAGAUUUUGUACCAGAAACACCAGAACAAAAUCAAUCCGCAGUCAAGAAGCCUAACUUAAGGAUAAGAAUUCAGAAAAAAUUGAAACUGUCAUCAUUUUUGCACACUCCAACGAAUGUUGAUGACGCAGAUGAAAAAGAAAAUGAAAAAUGUAAUGACCAUGAAUUAUUUAGAAAGGAAAAUUUACAUGAAGCCGAAACCGGUGAGGGAAAUGAGGUGGAACCUCUCAUUUCUAGGGAAAAGUGUGUCUCUGAAAUAACGCCUCUGAAGAUGUCAAGUCAACUGAACAUUCCAGAACAUUUGAGGUCACCUUUUGUGAGCAAGAUUCCGUCGGAUCGAAUAACAAAGCGUCGAAAGCGAAAGUUUUCGUCAAUGGAUCGCAAGGAUUCUUCAGAGAGCUUCAAGGGGGUCAGCUUUUCUGACCUGUCCUUAUCUGUUGCUGAGGCAGAUGGCAUCACAUAAGCUGUUGACAACUCCAAGAAAAAAAUGUUAACUAUCAAAAAUCUACUUGAAAAAUGUUACUAUGUCUCAGAAAACAGGUUAUGAACAGUUCAAAGGAAAGCAGACUAGAAGUGUGCAUUAAGCGUGAUCAAGUUUGAACAACUUUGCAUUCAGUAUUAUGAUUUUAUAAAUCUUUAAUUGUGCAACAUUGAAUAUGGUGAAUCUUUUGUGUCAAGCGGUGACAUUUGUCAGUUCUUUGGAGUUAACUUACUUCAUAAACUUCACACAGCAUAGAUCAAUGCUGUUAACUCAAAUCUCAUCUCUUUUCAUGUUCUAUCAAACAGUGGUUUCAUUCACAAUUACUCACUUGUUCUGUUCCCAUUUAUCACUCAAAGUUUGUAUAAGUCAUCAUAAUAAUCUGCCUUGCAUCAUUUCUAACAGUUUUCUGCUGAAAUGGUUCUAACUUUGGCUUUACUUGGGUCACUUUUAUCAACUUUUUGUUUCUGUUGAUUGCAAACCAUUUUUGGUUGAUCAAUUAUAGUUUUGCUAGUGCUAACACCAUUUCCAUGUAUUGCCACUACUUCAACAACAACAGUUUGUAAAAAAUAAUCUUUAAGCUAAGAACCAGAAAAUUUGUUUUAAACUUUGUAUAUGGAUCUUGAGAAAUAACACACUCUGAAUUUUAAUUUACCUUAAUUUGAUACGCUAUCCUCUUAACAUUUAUUUCAGUCAAAACAAGUUUAUCAUAUAUUGCCUUUUAUAGUCCUCAAUUACAAGUUACUGCUUUGAUUCUUUGUUGACAGGCUCAGCGGACUACACCAGCUUAUCUCUGACAACACAUUACGUGCAUACAUUUACCCAUUUAUGCCUAGCGUCCUGAAAAAAGGACAUUGCAAACAGCGUAGACCCGGAUGAGACGCCACAUGAUGCGGCGUCUCAUCUGGGUCUGCGCUGUUUGCUAAAAGGAUUUUCAGUAAUAAAUAUUCUAAAUAUAGAAAUAAGUAUACUAGACAUCCCUAACUUCGAAAUAAAUUGAUCCAAUUUAGAAGGAUGGGAGAGUCCACUGGGCAUAAAUGGGUUAAGACCAGUUUCCCAGAGCACGGCCAAAAUAUAUUUGAAAUUAUGUCAGAAUAAUUAAUAAUUGUCAUAGAUAUUCGAGGUUCACAAGUAAUAACUAGUAAUAUGUUUGGAAUCAACACAAAUAAAUGUUAAACAAUU